AUGAAGCUACUCAGCCUUCUCGCCGCCGCAGGCCUCGCCCAGGCCCACACCAUCUUCGUCUCCCUCGAGGCCGAUGGCGCGAACGCCGGAGUUUCUCAAGGCGUUCGUACCCCCGAGUACGAUGGCCCUCAGACAGACGUCACAUCUCAGUACAUCGCAUGCAACGGACCGCCCAACCCAACCAAGCCAACCGACAAGGUGAUCACCGUUACCGCUGGGUCGACCGUCACCGCAAUUUGGCGCCACACCCUGACCAGUGGUCCUGAAGAUGUCAUGGAUGCUAGCCACAAAGGACCAACUAUCGCAUACCUCAAGAAGGUCAGUGAUGCAAAGACGGAUACCGGUAUCGGCGCCGGCUGGUUCAAAAUUCAAGAAGAUGGGCUCAGCAGCGGCGUCUGGGGAACCGAGAAGGUGAUCAACAACCAAGGUCGCCACGCGAUCACUAUUCCAAAGUGUAUUGCGAAUGGUCAAUAUCUCUUGCGAGCUGAAAUGAUUGCUCUUCACUCUGCCGGUUCCUACCCAGGAGCGCAGUUGUACAUGGAAUGUGCGCAGAUCAACGUUGUCGGUGGAACUGGUGCCAAGUCUCCCUCGACUGUGAGCAUUCCGGGUGCUUACAAGGGAACUGACCCGGGUAUCACAAUCAACAUUUACUACCCGGUUGUGACAAACUACACGAUCCCUGGACCGGCUAAGUUUACCUAUGCCUACUCCGUGGCUAGAGCCUCCACGGUGAGGAGACGGAGCAUUGUCACUAUCACGGACAGACAGACUCUUUCAGUAGACCUGAGCCUCAUCUCAACGGACAUGUUCCCGUCAGCAUUGGCAGACUACAAGAACAGCAGUCGAACAGCCCUGCAAGAGAAGGACAUCAACAUGAGCACAGAAAGCAUACAGAUGAAGGAAGAAGAACCUGCGCCGCUAGUAGUGCCGCCGCCGCAACCCAACUAUUUGUCUGGCUUCAAGCUCUUCCUGGUGAUGACAUGUGUAACCCUAGUUUGCUGGCUCAUGUUUCUGGACAGCUCAAUCAUUGUCACCGCAAUUCCAGCAAUCACUGACGAGUUCCAUUCGUUGGGCGAUAUUGGCUGGUAUGGAAGCGCAUAUCAUCUUGCUAAUGCGGCAUUGCAACCGCUCACCGGCAAAGUGUAUCGGUACUUCAGCUCCAAGUGGUCGUUCUUUACCUUUCUAGUCAUCUUUGAGCUUGGAUCUUUGAUUUGCGGCGCGGCGCCAUCUUCCGCAAUCUUGAUUGCUGGCAGAGUUAUUGCUGGAAUGGGCAGUGCCGGUAUCAUGAGCGGUGGCCUAACUAUCAUUGCUGGUGCGGUGCCUCUGGAAAAGAGACCAGCACUGACGGGUUUACUCAUCGGGCUUGCCAAUAGCGGAAGCGUCUUUGGCCCUGUACUUGGGGGUGUGAUAACCCAAUACAGCACUUGGAGAUGGGCCUUCUACAUCAACCUUCCUAUCGGUGGAAUAGUUCUUCCCCUUCUCGUGUGGGCCGAGAUCCCCGAUCAAGUGCCAAAGCCCAGCCCAAUGGCUGUGAUUCCUAAGUUACAUCAAUACCUCGACUUUAUCGGCUUCGUUUUAUGCGCCGGGUCCGCAGUACUACUUCUUUUGGCUCUUGAGAUUGGAGGAAACGAACACUUCAGCAGCCCUACAGUGAUUGGCAUGUUCUGCGGGUCUGCGGUGGCCUUCGUUGCGUUCCUGACGUGGAACUACCGUAAGGGCGACGACGCCCUCAUCCCUCGAUCAAUGGCAGGUAAGACGCCAGUCUGGUGCGCGGGAGCAACCAACUUCACAAUGGUCGGAUCUGCAAUGAUCCAGAUCUACUUGCUUCCUCUCUACUUCCAAGCUGUCCAAGGCUCGACGCCUUCUCAGAGUGGAGUCAACGUUCUACCAAGUAUUCUAUCGCAACUGGUGGCAGCAUUCGGUGGCGGCAUUCUCGUCGGCAAGUUCGGUUACUAUCUGCCGUGGGCCAUCGCAGGAACUGCCGCAACCAUCAUCGCCAGCGGACUUUUCACGACGCUCUCCACGACAACACCAAUUGCGCAAUGGGUUGGCUUCCAAAUUCUUACCGGGGCGGGGCGUGGAGUAGUAUUGCAGAUUCCGAGUAUUGCUGUCCAAGCCAACUUGCCACCCGAGCAGAUAUCGGUUGGCAUGUCUUUCGUAACUUUCUCACAGUUCAUGGGGUCCGCUGUCGCUCUUGCAAUAGGUAACGCCAUUUUCGUUGGGGCGCUGAAGUCUGAUAUCCCCCAGUUCGCGCCGGAUGUCGACCCAGAUUUGGUGAUCGAGGCGGGCGCAACUGGAUUCCGCAAAGUCGUGGCCGCGAUUGCACUACCCGGUGUACUUCAAGCAUAUGUGUCGAGUAUUGACAAGGAGUUCUUCUUGUCUAUGGGGCUGGCGGUCGCGUCAUUCUGUUUUGCGUGGGGGUUGGGGUGGAAGGAUAUCCGGCCUAACAAGAAGCCUCCUAAACCUGACUCAAGACCAUGA